AUGAAUUCCUUCCAGCUUAACAUCAACCUCUUCCUUGCCAUAUUAUGGCUUCUUUUCCCGAAUCCCUCUCUCUCAACGUGCUACUAUCCAGACGGCAGUGUCGCACCACAGGACACACCGUGUCAAGACUCCACGAAGCAAGCAACCUGUUGCGGCCAGGGCUACGCCUGCCUCUCGAAUUCGAUCUGCAUGGCAACAGGCGAUGAGAUCAAGAAACCGGGUCUCUUUGGGAUUGCAAAAUGUCCAAACACGGAUUUGGAUAUGUACUAUUGCAUCGACUACAAUAUGGGGAAUGUCAACUGUAGUGCUCAGCACCAGGUGUUGAUUUUCCAAGGUACACCUACCGCUGUAACUACGAUCGGUGUGACAGCGACGACGGAGAUCACAUCAUCUACUUCAAGAAUAUCCUCGGUCACAGCAAAUUCUUCGUCUAUUGUUACAGCGACCAGCUACUCAACGACGACGGGGGGUCCAUCACCAGCGACAAGUAAAGUAGCCGCUGAAACGACCACCUCUGCUGCAGCCGAGCCGAAACCAGCUCAAAAUCAUACCGGAGUCAUCGCAGGCGCUACAGUUGGCGGUUUCGUCUGUGUGGCAGUCAUCGCAGGACUCUUAUACUUCUUCCGUCGUCGCGCGAAGAGACGGAGAGGGCAGCGCCUUGGACUACCGCCCUCGUCUCAGUUGAGCUCGGGGGAUGUUUACAUGACUGAUAUGUCGGUCAUGCGUCAAUCUAUUCCGUCCAAACAGGGCGCGAGGGCGUUGUACGAGGCCCCUGGGACAGAGUACCGAACAUAUGAGCUUGCGGGGUGA